AUGUCCAGACUCGCCGAUCUCUGCCACCGCUCCGCCCUGACCCUGGAAUACUUCCUCCAGCACCCCGAUAUCGAUAAGGGCAUCUCGCCCAGCCACAUUCUCAAUGCCAAGGGCCUCGCCAUCCUCCAAGUCGGCCAGCUUGGUUUCGCCCACAUGUCCUUCCGGACAGGAUCGGGCAUCGUUGUUGCCCGUCUCCCCGACAACUCGUGGUCGGCUCCCUGUGCAGUCGAUUGCACGGGCAUCGGCAUGGGAUUUGUGCUCGGCAUUGAGUCCUCCGAGAUCCUCGUCAUCCUCAACAGUGACGAGGCCGUGCAAGCCUUUACCAGCGGCGGCAACUUCACUAUCGGCGGCGAGCUUUCCGGCUCGCUCGGAGCCGCUGGUGGAUCAGCCAGCGUGUCCGGAGCACUCUCAACCAACUCGGGCUCCAUCAUCUCCUUUGCUCGAUCCAAGGGUCUGUACUUUGGCCUUUCACUCGAGGGAGCCGUCAUCAACACCUCACACGCCGCCAACCAAGCCUUCUACGGAUACAGCAUCGACGGCACCGGCAUCAUCAAGGGCCUGCUGCCGCCACCCGCCAUCGCCGCCCGGCUCUAUGAGUGUCUGCACACCUACGAGGCCCUCGUCCGGAGCAAACAAGAGGCCAUCGCCCCGCCUGUCUACGAGCCUGCAUACGAACGAUUCGUACCGACAGCGGCCAAGGCCAACCCAGGCUCCGAUCCGGCCCCGAACCAGGACGCCGACGAGAAGAAGAGCUUGAUUUGA